AUGGGCCGCUGGUCAUACCUCGACACAGAUGAAGAGCGCCUCCCGCACGGCGUCAAGCGCAUCGGGUACGACGCCGACGACCAGGAGUACACAUUUUUUGAUACUUCAGACGGCAGCAUCUGGGUUGGGGGACAGAACGGCCCUACGAAAUGUAUAUCGAGGCCGGAGCAGGUCGCGAGCUCUAGUAAUGAUAAUAAGGUUGAGCCAAUGUAUAUCCCGACCGAGGAAGUUGAAAAAAGCGACCCGCAGCCGCCGAGCAGUCCGAAUACAAAGGCGUUGCUUAACUCUUUCGUAGCCGUCGGUAGACUCGCUCGGAUCAUCGUGGCGCGGAGAGGACCGGGUGCGGAUCGUAGGCUAAGCCGUGAAGAGCGGAGGCGAGAGCGCCGUGCCCGUGAGCAAACUAAGGAGGAGCGACUUCAGGAUGAGGAAGUGUUCGGUGAGAAGGAACUCGAAGGGAAGGAGUUUGUUUAA